AUGAUGCCGAGUUUGGCGCAGUCCGCCACGUCGCCUUCAUCGACUAUUUCCCCGGAGAGCGGCCUGUCGACCGAGCGCUCGAGGCACCGGGUGUUCCCCAACCGUUUUGCCGAGAACCACGAGCAGAUCAUCGAGAGCCACAAGAGGCAGAUUAGGGAGUUCACGAGGUACCUGAGCCCCAACAAGCGAUGCCGGCCUAAGUCAACGAAGUCUGCUACUUACAACUUCAUGGAGGACGAAAUGAAAAUCCAGUCGUGGACGAACGGCUCGCGCUCAAGACUCGCCUUCGCACGGACCGAGAUCAUCCAGGUAUCGUAUGGCAUCGAGUGGCGCCAGCGACGUGAGCGCCUGCUCAUGAACCCCUUCCUGAGGCAGCGCGUCCGCAACUCAGACCGUAUUAGCAGCCGCCAGGUCAAGUUUACCGAGCCGACGGACCUCGCUGAGGAGGACUUGCGUCGCUUUGUGCCGAUCGAUAUCAACUUCCUAAACCCGACUCGUCGUGAGCAGGGAGUCUUCAAGAGCCUGCGCAUCUUGCAGGUCUACCAGGACAUCAUUCGUGGCCUCGUGAGCUCCCACUUCGAGAAGACCAUCGAGAGGAAUUACAUCGACAUUGCCGCAGAAGGACCCAGCCAGGAUCUCACACAAGGCAAGAGUAGAGGUCUCGUUGUUCUCUUUCACGGUGUUCCUGGCGUGGGCAAGACAGCCACGGCCUCGGCCGUGGCCAUGGAGAACCAGAAGCCUCUGUUCGUUAUCCACUGUCGCGACCUGGGACUAUCGCCCUCCGAAGUCGAAAGGACUCUAAUCAGCGCCUUCCGCCUGCCGCACAUGUGGUACUGCGUGCUCCUGCUCGACAAAGCCGACGACAUGAAGCGCAACACCCUCGUAGCGGUCUUCCUAAGGGUGCUCGAGUACUACAACGGCAUCCUAUUCCUGACCACAAACUGCGUGGGCACAAUUGAUGAAGCCCUCCGGUCGUGCAUUCACAUGUCGCUCUAUUACCCGCCCCUGGAUAAGGCGCAGACGCGCGACAUCUUCCGCCUCAACGUCGCCAAGCUGCGCGAAGUUGAGUCGCAGCGGUACCAGCUCACGGGGGAGCCGGCGAUGCUGUCCAAACAGGCCGAGAUUGUCAACUUUGCCAAACGGCACUACGAGGAGCACGCACGCCUGUCUGGCUGCUGGAACAGCCGGCAGAUCCGGAAGUCCUUCCAGAUCACGAGCAGCUGA